AUGCCACCUCCUUCAGAACUCUCGUCCCAACCCCGCCGCCGCGGCCUCGGUGACAACGCCCCCAAACCACCCGUCAAGCCCGGCUACUGUCCCGACAUCCAUCUCACGGACGAUCACCCGUGUGCUCCUUCUCCACCGCAGAUCUUCAACUCGUCCAACACCGAGCUCUGGCCCCUCCCCUUGCCAGCCACAGCCCACGAGCAUCAUGAUUUCUUCCCAGAAUGGGAGCACCCGCCCGAGAAACAGCAACAGCCGCAGCCGCAACCGCAACCGCAACCGCAACCGCAACCGCAACCGCAACAACACCCGACACCCCUAAUGUCCCACCACACCGGCCACGGCACCUCCCACUCAGAGCUCACGCGGCUCUCAACCCGCGAAUACGCCCUCCGCGCGGCCGACCCAUCCGACUUCGCGUCGGCGUGGGAGCACACGAUCCUGCCCUUGCUCACCGACGUGAUCAAGAAGCACUGCACGGGGGACUUUGCCGUCGACGUGCACAACUUCCCGGAGCGGUCGAGCGAGGCGGUGCCGCGGGUGAUCUACGUCACGCUGCCGGCGGAUAUGGAUACCGCUACGCUAGAGCCGGCUGUGAAGGAUGAGUUGGAAAAGGUCGUGCCGGAGAGGUUCGGUCCGGUGUAUUUGAAGUUUCGGAAGGGGGAUUUGCAGAGGUCGCAGUGGUGCGUGUGUGAGCCCAAGAACGUGACGUAUAAACCAGAACCUGUCGUCGGCAUGUCGAUUGGGCCCACGCGGGGGCUGGACGCGGCAUCGCUGGGCGGCUUCGUCAGGGUCGGGUCCAAUCUCUACGCCAUGAGCGCCCGCCACGCGUUCGAAGAUUCCAUGAAGACUUGCGAGCUGCGCGUCAGCCACCCGGCCCACCCGGACUUGGCUCUGGUUGUGCCGCCUGACCCCAGAGCUAGGCAGUACAGCAUCGGGAGGGUGUCCAUGUGCUCGCCGUCUGGGACGUACCGGCCGUCGUUGACCUUUCAGGGUGUGGCCGUUCCAGAAUCUCGGAAGAUGGUGGAGAUGGACUGGUGCAUGAAUCGGCGGGUUGCCGUGAGCGAGAUGGCUGUGGUGAAGGGCAACACCGAGGUCUAUGCCAUGGCUCGGACGAGUGGCUAUUCCCUCGGCUUCACGUCCGACGUGCCGGGUGUCCGGAGGUACAAGGGCCAGGAGCGGAGGGACUGGACGGUCCGCCAGUACUCACCCUUCAAACUCCCCAAAGAGGGCCGGGCUGGCUCACCGUGGCAAACGGUAAGACAGUGGGUCACGAGUGGCAUCGGCGUGCCAGGUGAUUCCGGGGCAUGGCUGAUCCAGCGAUCCAACGAUGCCGUCGUGGGGUUAAUUUGGGGUCGCAACCACGACAGCGGGAACCCCCUCGAACGGGUCCGGUUCGCCUACUUUACCCCUAUUGUCGACAUUCUAGCCGACGUGGAACAAAACCAUGCGGAUGGGCAAGAGGUCGCCCUGCCGGUAUACCGGGAUCGGGGAUUACCACGAGACAGCCGGUAUCACAGCCCUCGAGAAACGGUAACGGCGGACAUGUCCCGGGACCCGUGGAACGUAUUUGCCACAGGGUCUAUCCAAGAGCACCGCCAAGUCCAAGUUGACCUCAUCGAGAGUCAGUUUGUCGGUAGCAGCGUGCCCGCGUUGGAGGCGGCAUUCAACCGACGGCUUUCGCCUCUGAACGAGCCCGUCGCGGACGGCCCAUCCGGCCCCCGUGUCGUGGAAGGAUCCAUCCUAGAGGCGGAUCCGCCAACCCCUUCGCCUCGGAGCGAAAGGGGCGGCGGCUCAUUAUCGACAUUGCGUUCCCAGGAAAGGUUGUUACUAGGGAUGGGCGCCCACUCUGCCCGUGACUUGUCCGUGCCGGGGCUCUCGACCACGUCCUCGAUACAUUCAGGCCCCAGCAUGGCGAGCGAUAAGCCCGAGGUUGUCAUUGAGGGUACCGCCGUUCGGGUUGUUGGAGAGCUUGACACCGACGAAGAGAUUGUCGAAAUCGAGGAGCCUAUCCGCGCGAAGGCCUCGUUUGCCCCGAAGUUUCAGGCGCGAUCGGGACGUGGGCGUGUCCUGAUGUGA